CGCUUCCGCGGGCCGUUUGCGUGGUUGAGUCGUUCCUUGGUAGGGGAACAAUCUCGGAUUUCUCGAAGGGUUCGUCCUAUUGUUCUUUGGCGUCACGUGGUUUACGGGGUCCCUCUGUUGAUGUUUGCUGGCUUGCAAGGUAUCUGGUGGCUAUACUACUCUUUCCACCUUGGUGGCUUUUGAGAGGAAAGAUGGAGAACCUCGAGAAGCUACGUCCGGCUGGACAAUUGGAGAAGUACUCCAUCGCCCGCCAUCCGCUCGGGUUCUACUACAAUGUCGGCGUCACCGUCACCUACACGCUUCCUGAGACCUACACGCUGCCGCUCCAGGACUAUGUGUACAAGGCCUGCGAGACGCUGAUCGGCCGGCACCCCGUGCUAUCAGCGAUCCCCGUGAACGAAGAAUCCGACGACGCCUACUUCGCGCGUCUCCCGGAGAUCGAUCUCGACCAGGUGGUGAGUUUCCGAGAGCGCACCCAGGCGUUCCCUGAGGGCGACGCGCCGGAUUCCGAGCUGGAUGAGUUCCUGCAGGUGCAGCAUAGCACGGGAUUCACGGCGGGGGCGCCGUAUUGGAGAUUGGUCAUUUUCACGACAGAUCAAGGGGAGGACGAGCGCCGACGACGACGGUUCACGGCUGCGUAUAUCUUCCACCACGCUUUGGGCGACGGCACGUCGGGUAAAGUCUUCCAGGAGACGUUUCUCGAGGCGUUGGCUGCCGCUGGAGAGGCAUUGACGGUCGCGGGGGAAGCGAAGCAGAUCGUGCGGACCCCAGCGGGCACGCCUCUCCUGCCGAACCUGGAGGCGGCGCAUCCGUGUGGGCUGUCCAUCCCGUUCAUCCUGAGUGCGCUGUUCAAGAUCAAGUUCGGCUCGCGCGACCGAGGGCUCUGGACUGGUGCGCCGAUCUCCACGCCACUGGAGGCCCAGGCGCGCCAUGUGGUCAUCCCGGCGGCGGUGUCCACGGCGUUCCGUCAGAGCUGCCGCCGGAACAACACCACCGUCACGGCAGCCGUGCAGGCGGCCAUGGCGCAUGGCUUGUUUGCGCACCUGUCGCAGGACUACACGAAGCUCCGUCUCACGGGCGCCAUCUCCGUCCGGAAGUGGCUCACGCAAGAGGUCCCGGACCAGUCGCUCGGCGUCUGGGUCAUGGACUUUAUGGAAACCUAUGCCCGCAAGGACUUGCCCGCCGACGCGGAUUCCUUCCCCUGGAAAGAGGCGGAGCGGUCGCGGCAGACGAUCGAGAAGGUCGUAAGCAUGAAAGGGAAGAAUACGGGCGUGAAUCUCUUGAAGUUCGUGUCGGGGUUCACCGACUUCUUCCGGUCGAAGCUCGAAAAGCCUAGAGGGGAGAGCAUAGAGCUUUCCAAUAUUGGGGUUCUGGGGGCGGGUGCGGCACAAGACCCUUCGAAGCCUCAAAUGGGACGCGUGAUCUUCUCACAAAGCCCUAAUGUUGCGGGUGCAGCGAUUGUUGUGUCGGCUAUCUCGGGUGGUGAUGGCUGUUUGGUACUGUCGUUCGUAUGGCAAAAGGGCAUUGUGGAACCGGAGUUGGUUUCGAGUAUGAUUAACUUUGUGGAAAAAUUGGUGCAUCUUGCGGCAAAGUAGUUGGACACCGAGGAGUUGAAUUGAUUUUCAUCUCUUUGUGUUAAAAUGGGCUAUUUGCAGAGAAUCUGCACGUACAAUCGGGUAGAUCUCAAUAAUCAUAA